AAGAAGGGAGCUUUGUGUUCUGUCGUGCAUGCAUAUUCUUUCUGCAUUGCCGGUUUUGCAUGCACUCACGCUUCUUUCUUCUUCUUCUCUCUCUUUUCAAACCCCGAUCGCCGUGACCCCGGUAACCGGAAUCUGACAUACAUACUUGGAUCUCACUUCACCGCCGCCAUCUUCACCACUAAGAUAAUAUCAAGCAGUAAUAAACAAGCAAAAAAAAAACAAGGAGGGAUGAGUAAAAGUAAACUAUGAUAGGGUUUGGGAAUAAACUCAGUUUAGGGUUUUGAUUCAACACUUACAAACUAAGUUAAUAUUGAUUGAUUGUAAUCAUAUGGGUACAAAUAUAUGUAUGAAUGUGUCAUGCUCAUCAAGCACUUCGAUUCAUUGGAAGAAAGGCUGGAAAUUACGAUCUGGUGGAUUUGCAGAUCUUUGUGAUAACUGCGGGUCUGCUUAUGAGCAAUUAAUCUAUUGUGACACAUUCCACCUUAAAGAAACUGGUUGGAGGGAAUGUACUUCUUGUCGCAAGCGCCUUCAUUGUGGAUGUAUUGUUUCGAAGUCGUUUCUUGAGCUACUCGAUAAUGGUGGUGUAGAGUGUAUCAGCUGUGUUAGAAGUGCCCAGUUUUCCUUUAUUCCGAGAGACGAAGAGGUGAAUAGAUGUCGUACUCUGUCAGCGGAUGCUCUUGGUGAAACACAGCAGACAUUCUUGGCCAAUAAAGUAGAUGUUAUUAAUAGGGGAAAUCUCAUGUUUUUUGGCUUACGGACGGAUGGUGACGGACAUAUAAACCUACAUCAGUCUCACAAAGAUAACACAAAUGGUUCUCUUCAACAUAUUAAAGGGGAGCAAGUGAUGUCUCCAGUAGGGGACUUUAGAACCCCAAACUUUUCAAAUUUAAAAAGACCAUUCAUGGGAUCUUUAGUACAGACUUCCAUCGGUAUGAAUAUAGGGAACUCUUUUGAAAAUCCUAAUAUAGCAUUGCGUGUACCUGGUUUACUUGUCGAUGGAAGGGAUCAGAACACACUUGCCUCUUCAUUUCAGCAAGGACAUAAUCUUAUGAAAAUUGGUUCUGGUUUGAACUCAGAGGCAAGUAAGGAUGUUCUGCCACAGGCACGGGUUGCCAGGCCUCCUCCUGUUGAAGGGCGUUGCCGUCCCCAGUUGCUACCACGUUAUUGGCCGAAAAUUACGGACCAAGAACUCCAGCAAAUAGCAGGAGAUACAAAUUCAACUAUUGUGCCACUGUUUGAGAAGGUUUUGAGUGCAAGUGAUGCGGGUCGGAUUGGUCGUUUAGUUCUCCCAAAAGCAUGUGCUGAGGCGUAUUUCCCUCGAAUAUCCCAGCCUGAAGGUCUUCCUAUAAGGAUUCAAGAUAUUAAGGGAAAAGAUUGGAUGUUUCAAUUCAGAUUUUGGCCCAAUAACAACAGCAGAAUGUAUGUCUUAGAAGGUGUAACCCCAUGUAUACAGUCUAUGCAAUUACAAGCUGGUGAUACUGUUACUUUCAGUCGCAUAGAUCCUGAAGGAAAACUCCUCAUGGGCUUUCGGAAGACCUCAAGCCCUGUAAUUAUGCAGGAGAACCAAAUGUCUGCCAUGUCUAGUGGCAUACUACCCUAUUCUGGUGCUGGUGGGAACCGACCUAUAGCAAGUGGUUAUUCAAACCGCAAUCGGUCACCGAAGGGAUAUGUGGAUCCACAUCUAAGUGCUCUAUCGGACUUGAAUAUAGGCAAUGGAGAUAUUAGCUGGCAUAAAAAUGAAGACAACGGAGGCUGGCCAGGCGAGGGUUUGCCGAUGCAGCAACCAUUGUUUGUUCAGAGAAGUCGUAAAAUUGGAUCCAAAGGUAAGAGGUUGCUCAUGGACACCGAAGAUGCUCUUGAGCUGAAGCUGACAUGGGAAGAGGCACAGGAUUUGCUUCGCCCUCCCCCUACUGUGAAACCUAGCAUAGUCAAAAUUGAGGACCAUGAGUUUGAAGAAUAUGAAGAACCUCCAGUUUUCGGGAAGAAGACAAUUUUUACAGCACGAUCAUCUGGGGGUCAAGAUCAAUGGGUUCAGUGUGAUAGUUGCUCCAGGUGGCGAAAAUUGCCAGCAGAUGUUCUUCUCCCUUCUAAGUGGACAUGUGCUGAUAAUACUUGGGAUCCUGAAAGGAGUUCGUGUUCGAUACCAGAUGAACUGAGCCGAAAAGAGCUGGACAAUUUUCUUAGAAUGAACAUGGAUAUCAAGAAACGAAGAGUAACAGCUAACCGUAGACCAACACUAGAGCGUGAACCUUCUGCUCUAGAUGCUCUGGCUAGUGUUGCAGCUCUUGGAGAUAGUGCUGUUGAUCCUGAAAUUCCUUCUGUUGCCACUACCACCAGACACCCUCGACAUCGUCCUGGAUGCUCGUGCAUCGUGUGCAUUCAGCCUCCUAGUGGAAAAGGCCAAAAGCAUAAGCCCACUUGCAACUGCAACGUGUGCAUGACAGUGAAACGGCGCUUUGAAACUCUAAUGAUGCGCAAGAAGAAACGUCAGGAACUUGAAGGAGAAAUGGCUCAAAAGAAAAUCAACAUAUCAAUAGGUUCUAACAGGGAUGCAAUAGAAGAAGGUGGAUCGAAGUGUAGAAUGUUGCCUUCCGAUGGUGAAGAAACAAGGCCACGAUCUACAGAAUCUAAAGAUGGUCGGAGUAGAAACUUAUUUAAUUAUCAAACCACUGACACCGCUAUGGUUCAGAUAGAUUUGAACUGUGAUCCUGACCGUGAUCAGUUAGAACUUCUGCGAAGAGGCCCGCCGUCAGCACUAGGUGUUAGCAUGAUGACUCUUCUUCAGGAGGCAAGUCUUCCACUUGAGACUUAUUUAAAGCAGAAUGGUCUGACAAGUUUGGCAUGGGAGAAUCACCAAGGAAGCUCUAGUACUCAUGGCGCAGCCGCUGCUGUACCACCCCACGAAGUUGUUGGGGAGGAUAAUCAUGAAGGACUAAGACCGUCAACUCCUGAUGAAAAUGACAUCGCUUUAGUACAAGAAAGAGAGAUUGAGGGUGGCGAUGAAGGGCGGCCUUCUGUGAAUGACGAACAGAGCCAAGAGGAAAAUAAUGAUGGUAUAGUGUGAAUCCAAAUUUGAAAAUAGUUGUUUCAUCUGUAAUUUUAAGUUUUUGAUGGGUGUAAAGUUGAUAAGUCUCUUGUUGUUGUUAUAAUUCUCCAUCUCUGCUUGUUGUAGCCAAUAUUUUUUUUUGGUGUUACAAUAUUAAGCUAAAGGUCCAGAGCUCAAUUUCUCAUA